AACAUGCUGAGAUAGUCGUGUCACACAACAAGCAGCAGGAGCAGGCCCCUUACACCAAAACAAUGGCUGAAGCAACGGAAGCAAUGCGGCAAACUGUCGCUUCAAUGCUUCGGGGAAUUGAACGCUACAAUCCAGAGAACAUACACACUCUUGAACGGUAUGUGGAACUCCAAGCACGUGAUAAUGGAUAUGAUCUUGAGGCAAAUUUGGCUCUUCUCAAACUAUAUCAGUUCAACCCCAGUACUUACCAGUCCAACAUUGCGUGUCAAAUUCUUAUGAAAGCUUUGACCAACCUGCCACACACUGACUUUGUCCUCUGCAAGUGCCUCCUAGGCCAAGAUCAGAUGGAAGAAGCAAACAUUAAGAAGAUCAUGUACCUUCAUGAUCUUCUGGAGAUGUGUCAGUUUCAAACAUUCUGGAGAGAAAAGGCACAGUAUUCUACCCUUGUAAGUAUGAAAAAUUAAAGUUACAGCAAGUA